AUGCUGAACAUUAACUACAGCCUCUCCCUUGCUGACAGACUAAAUAUUGGAUCCAGUUUAGAUUCUCUCGUUGCAGCUUUGGAGAGACAGAUCUUUGAUUUUUUGGGUUACCAGUGGGCACCAAUUCUGGCCAACUUUCUACACAUCAUGGCAGUCAUUCUUGGCAUCUUUGGAACUGUCCAGUACAGAUCAAGAUACCUCAUACUGUACGCAUUAUGGCUGGUACUCUGGGUUGGAUGGAAUGCCUUUAUUAUCUGCUUUUACUUGGAAGUUGGAAAUCUGUCACAGGACAAAGACUUCAUCAUGACCUUUAAUACGUCAAUGCAUCGCUCAUGGUGGAUGGAAAAUGGACCUGGCUGCGUAGUGACACCUGUUACAGACAGUGCCCCUGCCCCUGAGGACCAUCACAUCAUCACAGUCACUGGCUGUCUACUUGACUACCAGUACAUUGAAGUACUCAGCAGUGCCCUUCAGAUAUUCCUUGCACUGUUUGGAUUUGUCUAUGCCUGUUACGUUGGCAAAGUGUUCAUGGAAGACGAAGACAGCUUUGAUUUUAUCGGAGGAUUUGACUCAUAUGGCUACCAGGCUCCGCAGAAGACAUCUCAUUUACAGCUGCAGCCUUUGUACACAUCUGGGUAACGUUGUCAAAACUGAAAUUCAGCAACCUCAACAAAAUCCAAGGGGAAUAAUGGGAGGAACUGUAAUUCAUAUACACCCACACUCACUUCUACGCGCACCCAGAAACAGACAACCAGUGAUAAACUGCUGAAAGAUGCAGGCCAGCACAGAAACCAAGACAUCCCAAGGUCUGCAAUGGAACUGCUCAUCAGAGACUAAAAAAGGCAAGGAAAGGGAAAAAAGCACUUCAAAUGAAGACGAGACAGACGGAGAGUCCACAAUGGCUUGGGAAAUACAGAGAUGACCUCUGCUGACUACACCUCUGAAGUGCUUCAGUUGCUGAAUUGUCCAGAAAUGGGAGUUUUUUUUUUCUUUUUAAAACUGACUAUAGGCUACUAAAAUGAAAAGCCUGGUUUGUUUACGUCUUUGUAACAACAUGAUUUUUUCAGAUGGUAGAAUCAGACUUUUGUCACUACUUCAAAACUACAUACAGUCCUACAAAUGCAACCAAGCAACUCUUGAAUGUUUAAGACAAGAGGCCUAAUUCCAAUUGACUUUUUCUGGUCUCCCCCACAAAGCACCUUUUUGUAAGCAAACUGAGUGUAAGCUGUAGUGACUGGAUAGCAGAGAAAUGCCAGUACAAAAUGAGAUUCUCUCCACACUCUGCAAAUCUGACACUGCUACCAGGUUUGCAGUUUAUGUAGUCCUGCUGAGACUGUGUGCUCGUUUUAUCUUCUGUAUUGUAUAGACUGUAGUUUGAAAUGGCAUAGAACUCAUAUAUGGUGCCCAUAUCCCUCCUCUCCCAAAUGUACACACACACACACACACACACACACACACACACACACACACACACACAUCCAGCAUUUUAGUAUUCACUUCUUUUUUGUAUACAUACGCUGAGUGCUGCGUAUGUCAGAGGUGUUUCAUGCAGGCACCUAAAAGUGUACACAGUGUUGAAACAGUGUGCAGGGCUUCUAGGAUUGUACAAGUAAACUUUUAUACUAUGGAAAUGCAAUCAUUUCCUAGAGUUUGUGGAGGGGGACAUAGGCUUUUGAAGGUGCAGAUGAUAGAUAUUUUACAUUCAAACAUUGACAUUCAGUUUUCAUUCUAUUCUGCAAGCAAUUUAUGUUCAGAAUUUGUCAAGUAUAUUUUCUUCAAACUAGUACGUUUGUGUGUGCUUUCAUAGCAAAGAGAUCCUUUGUAGUAAUCUGCAUCACAAAUUAUUGGAGUAUUUCUCAAGUAGAAGCCCUCCCUGUAUCUGAAAUUUCAGAACAUUUAGUUUUAGAGGGUAUUUUCUGUUUAAUAUCUAAAAGCUUCUGUUAUCACACCACUGACACAUUUGAGCAUUAAGCUAUCAUGUAUAUGUUAGUUGUGGAAUAAGCCUAGAUUUCCAUUUUGGGUGAAUCCCAAGGUGUACCACUAAAACUGGCCUGGCUUUCUAUUUUGCAGUGAUUCAGUGCCAUGUCCCCCCUUCCUCACUACACAUUUGUGGCUGAAUUGGGAGUGCUGUUUUCUGUUUAAGCAUUGCUGCUAAAAUGCGGCCAUAUGGGAGUUUGAGGACAGACAACUGACAACAGUAAAGUUAAUAUCUUACCUCCCAUUUAGUGGCUUUAAUGAUUCCUAGUACGGCUAGACAUGGUACGUCUUAACUGGUGACCAGCAUUAGUUUUUUGGGGGGAGUGUUGGGGAUGGGAAAGGCAAAAUACAGCUGACUUCAGUGGCUAGAUAAAAAAUAUUUAUUUAAAACUUAACUGAUUUCUAUUCUAUUCCUAUCUAGCAGGUGUUAUAGAUUUUACAAAUGAGUUUUUAUAUUAAUCAGAUUGUUUUAAAUGAACAAGUGCAACUUCCAGAUGUUGCCUUGUACCCCAGAGAAAUACCAGUACGCCUUCUGUGUAGCUAUUGUGAUACCUAAAAAGAAAAGUAGAUGCAUCAUAAAAGGAAGGAUUUUAGUAUGAACGUUAGGUAAAAAAAAUUGUUGUGAUUGCCACAUGACAGCUGGCUACUGGUUGAAAUUAAAUCACCUCCUUGUAAAUGGUGGUAGGGUUUCCAAAAUUACGUCUGAGGAAGGAAAGCAAAUUCUACUACAUCCUGGGACAGGAGGAGCAUGAUGGGUAUGUUUCUUACAACUGUAAACCUUUCUUGAGUGCAAAAAUCCAUUGUGUUUGAAUAACUAGUGUUACAAAUCUGAAAGUGCUAAUAUCCACUUUAUCACUUCAAAUACCUUUGCUGAAAUUUUUUACAUUUAGAGCUCAUGACUUUGUUCCGAUAAUGGUGUUUUUUUUUUUUUUUUUUUCCAAAAAGUGUCAGGGAAAAUGACUUUCAGAGCUUAGCCCUGAGAAAUUUUCAUUUGUUCUCAGGGCUAGGAUUUGCUGACAGGACCAUGGAAUCCCUCUGCUGCCAGAUGCUUGUAAUUGCACAUACAAUAGAUUCAUGAAUACACAGUGAUGGUACCAUGAUCUAAAGUGUUUCAUUAUUAAAAAAAUACCCCCCAGGAAAAAAUAAAUAAAUAAAUUAGCCAUAAUGUACAUCUUAAGAAAAGCUAAUAUAUUUACAUUAGUACAUCUUGUUUGCAUUUGUGUGCACAUGUAUAUUUUAUUUUUACUCCAAGGGUCUGUUGCCUUUUGCUUGCUGAGUGUAAAAGUGUCUUUCCUAUAUGCAGCCAGAUGUAUCUGCAUUAUUUGCCAAGCUUAUUUUGUUUUCUUUUCAGGAUCUACCAUGUCUAGGGUUCUUACAGUGUGGGAAUAAAAGGAGCAAACCAGAUGUAUCUCACUUAACAAAUUUUGCUCACUUUCGUUUUCAAAACACUUUUAUUUCACAUUUUGACUGCAGUUAGGCAGAGAAGUUUAUGAUGCAGGUCAUUCACAUCAGGAUCAGAGAUAGUAGGCUUUUUAUGUUCUGCCUGCAUAUGAAAACAGGGAGCUCAAGGCAGAGUGAUACAAUCAGCUCUAAGGUCACUGCCCCCUGGAAAAAAGUAAUCCCCCUUGAAGUGACCUGCUUCAAAAAUAAUGCAUUUUCACAUUCAGCAGAAAUAUCAAAAGUGACUGCCGCUAUGGGCGUACAUGCAAUAACUAUGCAAGACACACCAAGAUAAACGUGAAAAGAAACUUAUCUUCAGUACUUUUAGGUCCUUUAAGACACUUCUUUGCAUUUUGCUCCAAAGUGUCGUCAGUUAAUUCAUUCUUGAAUUGUAGUUUCCAUCUCAGUUGUCAGUCAUUCUUCCCCCAUUCACUGUCUGAAGACUUUUUCAUCCAGUAGUCCCAUAUUUUAUUCUCACAUAUUUGGACUUAAAUGAAAUAUGCUGGGAGAAAAAGCAGAUAUAAAUACAUGACAAAACCGCUAGGCAAUAAAAUGGACGUUACUUAGUAAAGCAAGCAUAAACAAAAACGUAUGAUAAUGUACACCCACUAUAUUAAAAUAUCUACUUAUCACUAGCAAUAUGGCAUGCAAAGUAAAGUUUUGAAAGAGACUCGUGUUGCUUGGAGAUGGAUAAGUGAGAGAAAAUGUCAAUGGCUUUGGGCUAUUUUCUUCUGUCAUAGUGGAAAGAUCCUGUGAUUACUAUGUGCGCUCUACGUUUGGAGAAGACUUGUUAUGUAUGCAUGCCAUGUUAUUUGGGGAAUAGAUAGGGCCAUGGGGAUUUGGAAUCCAGGUAAUCUCAUGUUUUCAGAAGGAAACCAAUAUAAUCUACCUGAUUUCACACUGGAAGAGUUUCCACAUGUAUGUUACACAUUGGAACAGGUUUUUAGCUUGCCAUAGUAUGACAAAAAGUAUACAUGAAAACAUCAUGAAAACAUCAAAAAAAAAAAAAUUAAAAAAAGCAUUGCAUACUUUUUCCAGAGUAAGCAUCACAAUUUGUAUACAUAAAAGAUCAAAGUGACUAAUUGAAAAUAAUGAAUAAAAUUGGUAAAUGGGCUCAUUGGCACUUUUUUUCAAAAGCACAAGUCUUGUACACAUAUUUCGAGCACUGAGUAGCAGAAACGUUUUUUACCGUUCUAUAUUCAUAAUAGAGUGGAUAAAGGAAAAUAACAGAACUUUGCUGAAAGCCAAGUCUGUAUUUUUAUCCUUUUUGUUUCAACCUUAGAGAUGAUUGUACAAUUUAGCAGAGGUACUUGAGGACUGCAACCAGUGACACGAGAAGUGUACUGGGGGCUUGUAUAUUGCAUAAAAACAUUUCUUAGAUUUUUAUAGCUUAUGAUCCUAUGAUCAAAAUUAUGUAUAUUCAGAAAGAAAUUGUCUCAUCUUUGCCACAAAUACCCACUAAUUUUUACCAGUUUUAUAUUCUGAUAUAAAAUACAGUCUCUGUCUUAAGAAGUAGUAAGGAUUACGUUGUAAUUUUAUAAUAACAGUGUAAUUUUGUAGUGAUAGCUCUACAUCCCAGCAAGUCAUAACCAUUUUUCUGGUGGCCUAAGUACUAAAGUGUCAAGUUGUAAAAUAAGAUGUUGCCGGUAAUAAGGCUGACAAUGCUUUUCAAGAACAACUGCAGCCUCCAGCUUUAGCUAUUCAAUCAGAUUGUAAGUCAGCUCUGACACAGGCAUGGGACAACUAAAAGGCAGUAUAAAGAAAAUGCAUGUGACUAAUAAAAAAACAAGUACAAUGUUCUUUUUAUAGCAAAUUCAUGUUUUAUGUUCACAGGCCUCCAAAGUGUCAUUAUCAAUAUAUCAGACAUACAGUUUAAUGGGUAAUUUUUAAAAGGCAGCAAUCCUCCCACUUUGUGGAGUGGUUAUUAGGUUUGCUACAUAUUCUGCACCUAGUCUAUGUUUCUCUUUGUGUCUCCAUUAUCAUAUGUUUUGCUCAAUAUCAUUGUUUUGCAAUGUUUAGAUUAAGAGAACUGCAAAUGAAUUUUGAGUGGCAUAAACCUAAAGCUUGCUUAAAAGAAGCAAUGCAUUACCACUCUUCUGGAGGUUAGGAUGUACAUUCCUUCAAAAAUCGUUUAACUGUGUAUUUUGUGAUGAGUUGGUGUGUGUGUGUGUGUGUGUGUGUGUGUGUGUGUGUGUGUGUGUGUGUGUGUGCAUGCG